AUCCUAACCCCAAAAGUGGUUGGAUUUAAACUAGAAAACCUGUAUUUUGCAUCCAUCAUUUUCAGUUUCAAACAGGAAUCUUAAUUUAGAGGGUAGACUUCAGAGAGCCAUAACCUAGCGCCAGCCUUCCCACCCUGGCCGCCGUCUCGUCGGUGAUUGGCUGCCCGCUCGCACUGCCCUCGUAGAAUCUUCUCGUCACUUCUCGUCAUGUUUUGAAGAUUCCUCUGAAGUAUAAAACCGUUCCACGCACAGUGUUCCACAAUGUCAUUCGGAUUUCGUGACAAGGAUAGACCGUCUCUGCGUGACCGUUUCCGAGGGAAGUCUGGUGAUCAGAUACUGGAAGAGCUUCGGAAGAAACUGGAUAAAGACAAGGAGAUGUUCUUCGAAAGAGUUCCAAAUCCACCUAGUUUUCGGAGGGCGGGGUUCCCAUUCGACGAUGACGGGCUGACGUCCCGCGGCCGCCCCGACUUCAGACACCGCCUGGAAGAGUUGGCCCAGCAGCACCCCGAGUUCGCGGACAGCUUGCGGCCGUGGUACGAGCAGCAGCAACAGCAGCAGCCCCAGCAGAGCGCCGCCGGGGAUAUGGGUUGGGGCUUCCGACAGCGGACUGGCUCCAACACUUCGCAGCCCCAGGCAGAGCCCCAGCAGCAGCCAGAGCCCAAGUGCGAACAGCAGCCGGCCCCGCAGCAGCAGCCCGGACUGGCGCACCACGGCCUGAGGAACACGGUGGACCUGGGCGAGGCCAAGGCGCAGGCAGAAGCACAAGCAGCCAUGGACGGCCAGGACGACCGCGUCAAGCGCGCACAGUCCGCGCCGCCCGCCCCCGAGCAGGCCGGCCAGGGCGGGCCCCAGCGCUUCGUGUCGCGGCUCGACAUCAACCCCCAGCCCUCGCAGCCAGCGGCCAGCCAGGACCCCGCGGCCGCCAAGCCGCCGUCCGGACCCAAGCAACAGCCCCCCAAGGCGGGCGGCAGCGGUGCCAACGUGCGCCAGAUCCCCAUCUUCGUGGAGGGCCGCGACGAGCCCGUCAUGGCCAAGGACGAGGUGGACUCGUCGGCCGCCAACUUCGGCCAGGGCUUCCCGCACCACCAGGGCCCGUCGCGGAGCGGCUUCGGCCAGGGCUUCUCGAGACACAACAUGGGCUUCCCGUCGUGGCGCGAACAGAACCACGAGCAGGACGCGCCGCAGCAGAAGCGGCCCUUCCCGCAGCCGCAAGCGCCGCCCACCCGCCAGCAGUACCAGCAGCCACCGCAGCAGCAGCACCACCAACAGCAGCACCACCAACAGCAGCACCACCAGCCUCACCCCCAGCCAUACCCCCAGCAGCAGCAGCCUCCACGCCAGCAGACGCCGCCGCAGCAGCCCGCCCCGCAGCACCCGCCGCCGCCGUCCAAGCCCAAGGACCCACUGGAAAAAGUGCAGGAGGUGCGCGUCGAGGUGGAGUCCCUGUCCAAGGACGUGGACGAGUUCGUCGGCACGCAGAAGGACAAGAGGUACAUCUACCUGGACGAGAUGCUGACGCGCGAGCUCAUCAAGCUGGACGUGAUCGAGGCGGAGGGCCGCGACGACGUGCGCCUGGCGCGCAAGGAGACCAUCAAGUUCAUCCAGCAGUGCAUCUCCAGGCUGGAGGCCAAGGCGGCCUCGCCGGCCUCGCCGGCAGAGCCCAUGGACGUGGGCCCUGCUUCUAGUCAGAGCGACAAGACUGAGGCGGCGGUCGCCGCGCCGGAGGCCGUGCCCGAGGCCAUGCCGACGGACUCCCAGCCGCUCCCCGCGGACGCCGCGCAGGCCGUGGAGGCCAACGCCGCGCCCGCACCGUCCCAGCCAGAGCCCGUCCCGGCCGCCCCGGCCCCCAGCACUGCCACCGACAACGCCGACACCACACAACCGCCAGCCGCGUCGUCGUAGUGAAGAGACAGUGCAGUAUUUUGUUUUUAAUUAUUUUUCUUGACCUGUUUGAGUGAAUUGUGUUCGUUGGAACUAGUACCUGACUGAAGAUAAACUGAAACUUAAAAGUGACGUCUUUGUUGUCCGCUGUGCGCGUAGUGGCGCGCGGUGUGUGGGAAAGAAAUGCAAUCUCGAGAGAAAGUGUGGGUUAAGAAAGUGAGUGGUGGCUUUCGGGAGUGUGUGAUGGAGAGUGAGUCGCGUGAGCUCAAACGUGCUUCGGAAUAUUGUGAGCCCGGUGAGUGUUCACAGGUCUAUUUUUUUGAAUUGUUUUGAGUGUCGCUGGGCAUUACUUUCCACUAUGUUGUGUUACUUUUUUAAUUUAAAGCAAUGAAGUUAUUUAUUAUUUUAUGCUAGCCAAAGAGAUGUCGAUUUCUUUUUCACUUGCGCGGUGCGACAAUUAUUGUUAUCCCGAUCCUGAUUUGUUUUUUAAAUUGUUAACUGUGAUAUUUAUGCCUGUGUAUUAGUUGUGUUAGCAGUAUAUACAUCAGCCCUUCAAACAAAUUGUUGCUUUCCAAGCAAAGAAACACGCCAUAGUUUUCAGUAAUUCUGAUACGUCAUUUUUUAUGUCACUUGUUUCUCCUCUCAAACUUGUUACACUGUAAAUAACAUUAGAGUAAUUAAAUAAUUCCAUCAGUGCAAAACCUU